AAGUCACAAAUGUGUGUGAAAUGGACAUUGAUUUGAUAAUUUCACAUGCUCUUUGCAUGUGUGAUUUUCAUGCUGAAAUAUUAUUAGAUGUCAUGGAAAAAUCAGUACUAGUUAAAACAUUUUAAAUAUUUAAUUAAACUUAUAAAUAUGCACUAAGAAAUCGUUACUUAUGAAAUAUUAUGUUGUUGCCCAUUUUGCACGAUGCAAAUUAACAAACUGUAUAAUUACUCCUAUACUACAUUUGAUAGACUCACAUAUUAAUGCGUAAACUUUUUAAAUCUUUAAAGUCACGAUUUAAAUGACAAACCGUGUUCAAAUAUGGCUUCUUGGCCAGAGCUAGGCUCGUUGUGUCGGAUUCUUUUCUCCGCUCUGCGUGGGGAAAUGCCGAGGAUGUUUCUUUCCAUAACGAACUCAUAAAUCAAAGACUUUCAGGCAAGUUGACAGCACCAAGACAAUCACUGCCUGCGAACAGUCUGCCCAAAUAAGUGUUUUCACUCACUGUUUAUCAUUAAGAAGAUUUUGGAUCCCGAAGCACAACCCACGUGGACGGAUAAUAAUUCAUUUUUAUUGGCGUUUUAACACCCGGCAUUAGGAUUACACAAAACACUCAUAAACUACAUAUUUCAUUGCGCGUGGCAUAUUUGUCUUUGUCUCUUUUAAGUAUUUUCUGUGUGUGUGUGUCCUUUUAGCCUAACUGAAAUAAUGUGAUAGAAAUUGUUUAUAAACAUUAAAAACUUUUUUCAAAUGUUUCCAAUAUUAACAAAAUAGUAUAAUUGUAAUGACAAACAUAUUUUUGUUCAUAUAUUUCUCACUUCCUAUAAAUCUUCUCCGAAUAUUGUCUGUGAAUGUGACUGAAAAGCUUUGCAAUAUUUAGUUUGUUCUACUUUUUAAACCUCAAAUGACGGAUUCGUAGUGCAUUUUGCUUAAAUACAUUGUUUUAAUGUUCUAAUUUGUACUAUGUUAACACUUUGGCUCGAAACAAGAUGAAGAACAGUCGCAAUAAAAAACCUGUAAGUGCAUUAGAAGCUGUUAUUUUUCUUGCCUUGUUUGUCAGGGACCAUGUUUAAAAACGACGUGUUAAGAAGAGAGGAUGAGAAAUACUAGGCCGUCAGAAGCUUGUGGAAAGCGCCAUUUUGAGGACAAAAAAAAAAUAACACUGGACAUCUCUCAAAAAUCUCCUUUUCGUCCAGAGGGGGCGCACGUACCCCCUUCACAAUAGGCUGGAGCAGUGGUUCCCAACCCUUGUGCUGGAGGCACCCCAACACUGCACGUUUUGCAUGUCUCCUUAAUCAAACACCAUGAUUCAGGUCGUCUGCUCAUCAGUAGAAACUCCAAGACUUAAAAUUGGUGUUUCAGAGAAAGAAGACAUGCAAAAUGUGUGUUGGGGUGCCACCAGGACCAGGGUUGGGAACCACUGGGCUAGAGCAGGGGAUAUCAGACUUUGAAGUACCCCCAGCACUGCAAGUUUUGAAUCCCUCAGUUAUCACACCUGAUUCAACUCAUCAGCUCAUAAGUGGAUACUGCAAGACCAGAAGUGUGUCAGAUAUAGGGAGACAUACAGAAUGUGCAUUGCAGGGUCCUUAAUGGAAAGGUUUAAGAACCCCUGCGCUAGAGGAUAGGAGUACACUUUCAUGUGAUAACUGAUCCCUUUGUGACCACUGAUCACAAAACAAAAUUCAGAAGAACAAGCAAUUUUUUAUUAAAGAAUAUGUGACAAAGUUCAUUUUUUUCAGGAUAUUUACAAAAGAUUGCAGGUUAUUUAUAUAUAUAUAUAUGUAAAGAUAAGCUAUAAUGGAAAAAAAUACAGUCAGUUUUAUUACUAGUUUAUCAUUUUUAUACACAAGGCCAAGUUGACUAAAUCUGAUGACUGCAACCUCACAUAGGAGCACAACUGACUAAAAUAUACAACACACCAGAAAGAGAUAAAAAAAAGAAGACAUUCACUUCACAUUAUUUGCCUGUGGUUUGGAGCUCAUCUUACCUGCCGCAUUGCUCCAACAUAAUUCCUUACACCGAUAUGUUGCUGCCUGGACGCUGUCUGUGAAACUACAUCCCCUCCUUGCUCCUCUGCCAGCGAAUCCAUCCUUGCAAUGGGGGAUAAGGUGGGCCGACGUCACGUUGAUCGACAAGAGGUCGGCAUUUACAUAAGCCGCGUCUUUAACGACAACCUGUCAGUGCAAGGCCACUUAAGAUCAAGAUGAGACAGAACAACUGAUCACUGGCUGACCCAGCCCACGUGACUGUCACUGGUCAUUCAUAUCACUAGCGCGGACACCCCCCAAUCCACGACUGAUUGAAGGAGGCAGAAGGGUGGCUCGGCUCAACCCCGGGUGAAUGGUGCGAGUCGUGCGACGUUAAUCAGUCCCCAGGCCCAAAAAGAUCUGUUAGUGGCAGCCACGCGCAAAGACGCCCAAGAAGAUGCCACGAUGAGCACAUUCCUAGACUUCUCGGCCAUAAGUGGUGGUGGAGAUGCAGGUGGCGGGGGCUCGUGCUCAGUCAGAGCGUUUCAUGGCGACCACGGACUUUCAACAUUUCAGUCAUCGUGUGCUGUCAGGGUAAAUAGCUGCGGUGGAGACGAGAGGUACAUGUCCAGUAGAUCAUCACAAGACGCAAUUAACCCUCAGCCAAACCAAGCCGGCUCGUACCAGUCCCCCGGGACUCUGUCAAUUACCUACAGUGCACAUCCAAGUUACGGGACUCAAAGUUUUUGCGCCGGAUACAGUCACUAUGCCCUAAAUCAGGAUGUGGACUCGUCUGUGAGCUUUCCCCAGUGCGGCCCGCUAGUUUACUCUGGAAAUAUUUCCUCCACGGUUGUGCAGCACCGUCACCAUCGCCAUGGUUACAGUAGUGGAAACGUUCACCUCCAUGGCCAGUUCCAGUACGCGCCAGCCACAUAUGGUAGUAGUUCGGAUCAGGCAAACCUAACGUUUGUGGCGGGCUGCUCAAAUCCGCUAUCCCCUCUACAUGUGGCUCAUCACGACGCAUGCUGUUCACCUCUGUCAGAUGUGUCAACAGGGCAGACAUUUGACUGGAUGAAGGUUAAACGGAACCCGCCGAAAACAGGGAAGGCUGGAGAGUAUGGAUUUGGUGGGCAGCCAAACACUGUACGCACCAAUUUCACUACAAAACAGUUGACAGAGCUUGAAAAGGAGUUUCAUUUUAAUAAGUACUUGACUCGUGCAAGGCGGGUGGAGAUUGCGGCUGCGCUCCAAUUAAACGAGACUCAGGUGAAGAUUUGGUUCCAGAAUCGUCGUAUGAAGCAAAAGAAGCGAGAAAAGGAAGGUCUUUUGCCCAAAUCUCAGUCCGAGACGAAGGAUGGGCACGAAAAACAGGAGGAUGCAUCUGAAAAGUCGCUCUCCGCACCACCCACCCCCUCUCCCUCUUCCCCGACUGUUGAUGCCUACACCUCGAAUUAAAAGACUCUCACUUUUGUUCUGCCAACCUGUUAAUGAUACUGCAGUAUGCUACUGUUAGUGACUCUCGUGUCAAGGUUAUUGUCAAAAUCAUCAUGUGACAGUGACACACAGAGACCAGUGCACAAUUUACAGACUUUGAACACUCAGUAUUUAUCUGUGCUACUUUGUGUUUUUGUGAAAUGACUGUUAAUUGUCGUAGGGCACCUUGUCAUGCACCUAGAAAUGCACAGUAAUAACAAAUGCUGCACUAUUACACGUGUUUGGUCGGACUUGCACCACUUGUCAAAAUACCUACCUCAAGAACCAAAGGAAGUAGUGCAAUAUAUUUAAGAGAUGUAUUAUUAAGAGAGACAAAUCAAUUGUACGUUUCGCCAAAGGCUUGUUUCAACACACUGACAACUUUUCUGGACCGUGUAUAGUGUUAACUCUGAUGCUGUGUGUGUGUUGUGAUUUCUGCAACAUGAUGCGCAACUCUUCAAAGUUGUCAUCCGGUCAUACUGAGUUUUAUCAGUCAAAGAUAAAGACUCAAGUCUCCUUCAGAAACAGGCUUUAGAAAACUAUCAAGAUACGGGUGAAUUAAAUGUGUGAAUCAAAAUGUAAAUAUAAUUUAUUUGAACACUGGUGUUUUACUUGUGAUAGUGCCAAAUGCCUGGUAUAAGCCUGACGAAAUAUUUCUGGUAACUUUAAAUAAUCUACAAGUAAUUUCUAUAACGUUUAGGUACGUUUUUACAAAGUUUUUGUUAUUUUUAUUUAUUUUUUUAUUUUUUGCCUGAACUUUUAUGCUUGAUUUAUCGAUUUGGUUAUUUGCAUAGUCUCAUUCCACAGAUAACUUGCUCUCUGGCUCUUUAACUGAUAUAUGCAUCCGCUCGUUGUUUCUUCCUCAGGGAGGAAGCUAUAUUGGCACAUGGCAAGCAUGUUUAUUCACGAAAGAGGAUGCGCAAUGCUGUCACCGUCAUUCGUUAUGACAACCCUAUUGACCUGUUAGUUUAUCGAAGGAAAACGGAGGACAAGAAGAAAAAAAAGAGAGAGAACAUUGAUUAAAUCAUCUCAACUAUCGACAAGGAUGAGUCGGCCUGACCCCAUUGGGUUGAUGACAUGUCUGAUUCCUCAUAUCACAAUCAUAUCAGUUGUGCGUACAGAGUGUUGAGUGAGUCGGAUAACAGAGCAAAAUAAAGAGCAGAAAGUCUAAAAACAGAUCUUCCAAACUUCCAAAAGGCUUCCAAACAUCACAUUCAAGUAAGAUAGCUUGUCAAUUCCUCCUCCCACCCUCCCU